GCCAAGUCUCAUUGUCACGUGACUGAAAGGCAGGUGAAUGAUUAAACUUCCAACAGACUGAAACGACUUUUAUUUUACUUUACGCCUUCCUAACUGCCCUUCGACUUCCUUGUGGGCGUCAAAAGUAGACAUAACAUGUUUAACCUUAGAGGCACGUAUCGUAUUUAGUAUGUUUUAAUUUAUAGCAUAACGUAAUUGUUUUUUUUGGAGCGAGGGAUUAUCGUGUUGAAGAUGGACCGAUACAAAUACUUCAUGUUCAACCAAAAGAAUGUGCUUGUCCUCGGCGUGCUCCAAGUGGCUUGUGCUGCGCUCUGCCUCAUAUGCGGCUUCAUGGACGCCGUCUUCCGCAAAGAUACCCCGCUGAGCACCACCAGGACGCCGGUGUGGGGCGCAAUGAUAAUGGCUUGUCCUGCUGUUCUGGCUUUAUUUGCUUCUCAAAGAAAAAACUCGAUACUGGUGAGCGUGAUGGUGGCGGCAGCGGUGCUGUCUUGCGUGGCUACUGUGUUUGUUUUGGGCUACGCUUGUCUAACACUGACCUACGGAGAGGAAGAUAAAGAGGUCUUCCACCACCACGACAGUCCUGAAGUGACGUUCGUGCUGCAUAGGAUGGUGAAGGGCGCUAAUGCCACCAUACUGCUGAGCUGCUUCGUCAGCCUGCUCAUUUCUUCUCUCAUCGCCUAUGCGGGUUGCUGUAGUCUCCCCCGCUGUGGAUGCUACGACGCUCGGACCGGACUUGAGACGCUGGUUCCACAGUGUGACCCAGGCGAUGCUGAGAUGGUGUGUACCUGGCAAGUCUGUCAUGCUGUUCUUCUUACAGCUGGUAGUGACGACAGGCUCUUCAACUCCCCUUUUCAGUCUCCUCCAGACUGUGGGAAAACACAGGAGGAUUUGGGAGCAUCCUCUAAACUGCCGCCGUACAGCAGAUUGUCCUGAGACUGAUCUUGUGACUUGAUGACGUGAGAUUGUUUUUAACAACAGAGGAGAGGAUCUUCUCUCCCUCUGGUUGAGAGCUCGACUGUCCAAAUAAGGACUUCCAUCUCGCCUUGACUCAUCUUGUAGCCACUUCAAAAUCCUGCAAAAAGAAGCAUCCAAAACUGCAUGCAAGCUCACGUCUAAAGGAACGUCAUGAUUUGAUACUUUGACAUUGUCUAACACGAAUAUCAAACUUCAUGACAUGCUUAAGUCAAAAAAAGAGGACUUCAAUCAUAUUUAUUCACUUCUGCAGCACAGAUUCUUGCAACAGUAAAAACGAUCAGAAAUAAACCAAAUGGGAGUAUUAA